AUGACGACAAACCCCGGUCGAUAUGGGCUUGGAUCAAGCAAACGGGGGGUCCCGAGCCCUUCCGAAUUUUGUAAGAACAAAGAGGAAAAAGGAGAGAUCGCCUCACGAAAAGUGGGCCAAAACCGACGAAACCGACAGCAUUCGAAAGCCCUCGAAAAAUCCUAUCUAACAAUACCGCUUGCAACGGUGCGCGACCAGUGGCGCGGCCGCAUACCUAUCGAGAACAGAGGAGAGGCCCGGGGCCUCGCAAAGGACCUAAGCGACCUAUUUGCAAGUCAGAAACAGGGGCACCACCACUCGAAGGAAAGCCUGGGAGGGCUUACGGCAGCCCACCUACAGAAAGUAGUUACGGAGGCGGUCCAGGCUGCCGUGGGACCCAAUCGAAGUGCGACACAGGGCCGUUCGUGGGCUGCAGUGGCCGCAGGGCCCGGGCAAGGCUUGCAAGCUCAACCUACGAAAAUCAUCCCCCAGAGGGCCGACCGGGAGCUACUAGUGCGGGGAGCCAACGUGUCAGCCGACCUUGCACAAAGGUCCCCAGUCGAAAUCAUCCAGGCCAUCAACCAAGCCUCAACCAAGCAGGGAGCUAUUGCAGCCCGGAAGCUCCCUAGCGGGGACACAGUGGUAACGUUCAACGACUCGAACACCAAAAGCUGGCAUUCCAACAACACCCAGUGGAUUCAACAAGCCUUCGGGGAGCAGGCUAAAGAGGCUGGCAGAACUUACGCAGUGCUGGUGAAGGGCCUGAGGAAGGCCGACCUACAGGGUACUACGGAGGAGGUGUUCGGGGGAGAACUAGGCCUUUGGUCAGUGGACAAGGUCAAGUUCAGAGUCCCAACCAACCCAGGGUUUACCAGGGCGACGGUACUAGUUGCCCUUAGAGACCAAGAGGAGGCUCGGAAGGCCUGUGACCAGGGGAUAAUCUGGAACGCUCAGCUACUCGACUGCGAGCCCUACUGGGCAAUGCUGGAACCGAAACAGUGCUUCAAGUGUUGGAAAUGGGGCCACAUACAGAGGUUUUGCCAGAAAGAGGCCCUGUGUGGGAGGUGUGGUACGGGGGCCCAUGGGGAGGGCGGGAGGGCCGGGGAGGCCCUCUGCCCUACCCAGCAGGGUCAGGUGCCCUGUAAGUGCCCCUGCUGCGGAGGAAGGCACCCGGGCUGGGCCAAGGAGUGCCCGGGAAGGGCCAGGGCCAAGCAGGAGGCGAGAGAGGCAUACCAAUACCGACCAAGGGUGUUCGAGCCAGCUCGGACAGCAGCUGCGGAGCCUAUAACAGCACCAAGAUCAGCAUUCACCUACGAGAAGGCCCGACCACAGGAGGAGGAAGUCCUGCUGUGGAACACCGAAGGAAACAAGCAGGCACUCGAGGCCCUGCUAGAAGAAGCGCAGUACGACCUAAUGGCUAUUCAGGAGCCAUGGAUCAACCAACAAACCAAGUCAACCUACUGUCCCAGAGGCUCGAAAUACCACCUAGUUCAUAAAGCAAGUGGGCGAGCGGCUAUAUUCGUCAGCCGAAAGUUCGACACAGGACAGUGGGAAUAUGAGACUUCAGAGGAACAUUGUAAGGUAUGGUUCCCAGGGCUCGGGAACAGUGGACUAGAACUCUGGUCUAUCUAUAACCCCCUUGAGGAUAAAACCCUCCUACAAACCCUCCUAAGUCGGCCGGCCCCAGCCUACCCAGUAGUAUUAGCGGGGGACUUUAACCUACACCACCCGCAUUGGGACCGGUUUGGCCGGUACGAAAGGAAGGCCGAGGCUCUCCUAGAGUUGGCACUACAGUGGGAUCUCGAUCUUCGAACUCCAGCAGGCACUAUAACCAGGGCACCGCAGGGGGCCCAGCGAGGCCGCACUUCGACAAUAGACCACUUCUGGGCAUCAGUGGGUCUACAAACGACCUACUACGGCCUGGAAUACAGGGGGAAGUCAGACCACUACCCACAGAUUUUGGAAGCUGACAUCGGAGGCCCCCUACCACAACAAACCCAGCCAGGGGGUUGGAACUGGAAGAUGAUGGACAGGCGUAGGGUGGAGGCCGAGGCGGCCCUCCUACCAGAGAAAAUAGGCCUAGAGGACCCAGGGCCACAGGGCCUCCGGGCACAAGUCAGGGAGCAGGAGGGUUUAAAAGAAGCAUUCAACUGGUUGGUCGAGGAGCUACAGAGGAUAGCUGAAGUGGCCACCCCUCGGAAGAAGGCCAACAGAGGCCACGGCUCGCCGUGGUGGUCAGUGGAGGUCCAGGAGGCCCAGGGAGAGGCAAGGAGAGCCGAAAGGGAGUGCAAGGCAGCCCCGUCGGAGCACAACAAAGAAAGACUUAACCAAGGUCUACGGGCCCUCGCGGCCACCAUCAACAAAGAGAAAACGAAGACCUGGAGGACAACAAUGCAGAAAGCCACCCACAAAACCGACCUGCUAUGGAGCCUAGAACGCUGGGCCCGUUGCAGAAGCUUCGCCCCCCCAGAUCCCCCGAAACUACCCGCUCUCACAGGGCCCCCCGGAGGCCAGGACCUCUCCACCCACAAGGAGAAGGCGGAGGCCUUAGCACGCCGGUUCUACCCUAACCCAGAAGCUGACCUUUCUGAUAUAGAGGACCCGGACCUGCUAGAACAGUGGGUUCCGAAGUUCAAUAUAGAGGAAAAGGUUACAGUGGGUGAUGUUAGGGCAGUCCUUUCGAAGAUUAGUCCUUGGAAGGCUCCAGGCGAGGACCACUUACCUAUAGGCCUUCUUAAGGCCUGCGGGCGCCCACUGUUCAGGGUGCUAGCGGUUCUCACGGAGGCGUGUUUCCGGAUCGGAUGGUUUCCAGAAAUAUUCAAGAGAGCCAAAACAGUUGUCCUACAAAAGCCCGGAAAAGAGCCGAGUACCUACCGAACUCCAGGAGGUUACAGGCCCAUAGCCCUCCUACCUACAGUUGGGAAGGUCAUAGAAGCACUGGUAGCAGAGAGGAUUACUAGUGCUGCAGAGGCCUACGGCCUACUACCAGCGGAGCAGAUGGGAAACCGAGAGCACAGGUCAACAGAGGUAGCGAUUCGGCUAGUCGUAGCCCAAGUCCAGGAGGCCUGGCGGCAGAAAGCAACCGCCUCCCUUCUACAGUUGGAUAUCUCAGGGGCAUUCGACACCGUCAACCAUACCCGGCUACUAGCCACUCUUCGGCUACAGGGUUACCCACAGUGGGUGGUUCUGUGGGUGAAGGCGUGGUUAAGUAACAGAGUUGCGAUCCUCCACUUCGACGGCCAGAAAACAGAGGACAUCCCAGUCAUAGCGGGAGUCCCCCAGGGCUCACCACUAUCCCCGAUCCUAUUUAUCCUCUACAUUGCCUCCCUAUAUCAGGCCCUGAAAACAGCCCAUCCACUGGUUAGCAUAGUAGGGUUCGCAGACGACACAAACCUACUGGCCUUUGGAAAGAACCCAGAGGCCAAUACACAGCAACUGGAAAAAGCUUGGAAGACCUGCUUGCAGUGGGCUGGUACCCGGGGGAUGGCGUUCGCACCUCAAAAGUGCGAAUUAAUUCACUUCAACAAAGGUCGGAGACAGUGGGAGAACCCGGUGGCCCUGGCCCACCCAGGGGCCAGUGGCUACAGCACAGUUAAGCCAGUGGAAUCGGCUCGGUUUCUAGGAGUCUGGCUGGACUGGAAGCUGUCAUGGAGGGCGCACCAACAAGCUGUGGAACGGAAACUCAAAACCCAAGAUUUCGCCUUAUCGAGGAUUGCAGCAAAGACGUGGGGCCCGAGCCUAUCCAGGGCUCGGGAGGUCUACGUAAAGUGCAUCCGCAGUGCCAUAGCUUACGGAGCCCCCAGCUUCCACCAACCAACAGCUCCAAGAGCUACAGGGCCGAAGGGGCCUGCAAAGGUCUUGUCAAAAGCUCAGAACAGGAGCCUUCGAAUAGUAGUAGGGGCAUACAAGUCAGCUCCUAUUCGGUGCUUAGAAACAGAGGCCUGGGUGCCACCGCUAGACUUAUAUCUCAACAAGCGGCUGGCCGACUUCGAGGGCCGGCUACAGAAGCAGGCCCUACAGUCAGGGGCUGGGCCGGAGGCUGAGAGAAUAACCACGGGGCAUCUAAUUACUGAGGCCUGCAAUAAGGUCUACCGAAGGUUCAACAAGAGGAGGAAAACCCGAGGCCGGAGGCCCCGUCAGGGCCCGCAGAGUCCCACGCCCACUGAACUAGCCGCUAGUGUAGUGGCCCAGUGGGUUAACUACAAAUGGAAGAUUGGGGGGAAGGAUAGGGGGUCGAAUACCAAGGAGGUGGUCGAACUGGCCUGGCAGGCCCGGUGGGAACAACAGAGAGCUAGUCAACAAAGUACUACUCGACAGAGGGUAUUAAACAGGAGGAUAGCCGACGAAGACCCCCCAGCCCUCUUAUUUACCGACAAAGCUCUGAUGAGACACGAAGGUCUUACAAAGGCGCAGAGCUCCCUCCUUUCCCAGGCCCGUAUCGGGGAUAUAGGCCUUCGGGACUACCUGUUCAGGGUGAAAGUCCCGGAGGUCCGUACCCCCUAUUGCGAGUGCGGGAGGGGCAGGGAGACAGUGGAGCACUUGGUGGUUUGGUGCCCCGACCCGCCGUUACAAAGGCCGUGGGACGGCAAAGAGAUUCGGUCACAUCGGGACCUACAAACCGUAUUACGGGGAGUAGGUGCGCGGAGCAGAAGAUUUGUUAGGAAGGUCCUUGGCUGGCUGAUGGACUCUGGCCGGCUACUGGAGUAUAGGCUGGCCAGAAGGCUGGAGCUAGAAACAGUGGAUGGGGAGGGCUAG